AUGCAGAGCACUGAUGAGUUAAAAAAGGAGAUCAUGUACUCGAGUCUUGAACUAGAAUCAGUGAAAUGUAAAGUUACCGAGAGUCAGCAAAAUGUGUCAAACUUACUCAAUCUGCUCGAGGUUGCAUACCAAGAAAGAGAUGAAGCCAGAGACCAAUUGAACAAGAUAUUUGAGAAGGUGAACCUUUCUUCACCAGAGUUUCCAGACAUCAAUAUGCAUGAUUCAAGCACCAUGGGGUUUGUUAAUGUGAAGCAGCCUAACGUGGAAAGACUUUUACCUGUGAAAGGAAAACUUCUGCAAGCUGUGAAGGAAGCUGGUCCAUUGCUUAUGUCGCUUCUCAUUGCUGGUCCACCGUUGCCCCAAUGGAAAAACCCCCCUCCUCCUUUGCAGCAACCCUUCAAAAUCCCACCAAUUCCCUUGAUCAACAGUUAUGCCAAAGGUUCUCCUCUAAGCUUUGAUCAGAGACCAUUUGCACUUUCAAAUCCUAUGAAUACUAGCUACUUCAAUGAGACUCAUACAUCUUUAGCUGCCAAUGUCAUUUUGAAUUUCAACACCGUCCUUCCUUCAGUUGGUGGUUCGUGCUUCAAUAAUUACUCAAUGAUGAUUUCAAACUCUGGGUUCGACCACCAAACCUCAAUUGCCAAGCGGCAAAGGCUUCAAUGA